CAAACUGUUACUGUUGUGACGUCAGCAAGGUGCAAGUAAAGCGAAUGAACUAACGGAGGACAGAUCGAGCCCUUACCGGAGCUACCGGGAGGCAGCAGAGAUACAAAGCGAGUCCAAGCAGCGCGUCCCGGAGAAGCCGAACCAAGAAACGGGUCUGCUGUGCGCCAACCUCAGGAGGAACCAAGCGAUGCGAGCGCAGCUCACCGCCGCCCAGUAACAAACUAAAACCAACGAGAUCCGAAAAAGGGACGGAGGUUCACCGUCAGGAGACGCAAGGAAGAAGGGACAAGAAGCCAGCUGCGGUGGCUCCACCGUGCUGCUUUCCGCGCUGUGGAUCAAACCGAGAGGAUCGCUGAGUUAAUGCUUUAACGGAGCCUCUGCGCCCGGCUUGAGAGAGGGAGCUGCCCUGAGAGAAGCAAAGGGAUCGAAGGCAGAGCGCAGAAAAGGUGGAAAUACGUUCCUAAAAUUGAAAGGAUCUGUGAUCAGAUUUCUCCAACCUUCUUAAAAUCAAUCCACUGAUCGGGUUACCGUGGAGCCUUGUACCCCUACCGCCAUCAAGCUGUGUUCUCUAACCAUGGGAUGUACCCUGAGCGCAGAGGAGCGGGCGGCUCUGGACCGGAGCAAAGCCAUAGAGAAGAACCUGAAGGAGGACGGACUGACUGCGGCCAAAGAUGUCAAACUGCUGUUGCUCGGGGCUGGAGAGUCAGGGAAAAGCACCAUCGUCAAACAAAUGAAGAUUAUCCAUGAGGACGGCUUCUCUGGUGAUGACGUAAAGCAGUACAAGCCUGUCGUCUACAGCAACACCAUCCAAUCUCUGGCUGCCAUCGUCCGCGCCAUGGACACGCUGGGUCUGGAGUACGGAGACAAAGAACGCAAGGCAGAUGCCAAGAUGGUGUGUGACGUGGUCAGUCGCAUGGAGGACACAGAGCCGUACUCCGCCGAGCUGCUGGGUGCCAUGAUGCGUCUGUGGGCUGACUCGGGCAUCCAGGAGUGCUUCAGCCGUGCCCGAGAGUACCAGCUCAACGACUCGGCCCAGUACUACCUCGACAGCCUAGAUCGGAUCGGCGCAGCAGACUACCAGCCGACAGAGCAGGACAUACUCCGAACCCGAGUGAAGACCACAGGCAUCGUCGAGACGCACUUCACCUUCAAAAACCUUCACUUCAGGCUGUUUGAUGUGGGAGGUCAGAGGUCAGAAAGGAAGAAAUGGAUCCACUGUUUUGAAGAUGUGACGGCCAUCAUUUUCUGCGUGGCUCUGAGUGGAUAUGACCAGGUGCUGCAUGAGGACGAGACCACGAACCGCAUGCACGAGUCUCUGAAGCUCUUCGACUCGAUUUGUAACAACAAGUGGUUUAACGACACCUCCAUCAUUCUCUUCCUCAACAAGAAGGACCUGUUCGAAAACAAGAUCAUCAAGUCUCCGCUCACCAUCUGCUUCCCUGAAUACAACGGUCCGGAUAAUUACGACGAAGGAAUCGCCUACAUCAAGUCUCAGUAUGAAGGCAAGAACAAGUCCACCAAAAAAGAGGUGUACUCUCACGUGACCUGCGCCACGGACACCAACAACAUCCAGUUUGUGUUUGAUUCUGUCACAGACGUCAUCAUAGCCACCAACCUGAGGGGGUGUGGCUUAUACUGAUGCUGCCAAGGAUGGUCAGAUGCUUUAUUUCUGUGGCACCUAGUCAUGUAACCCGUGUGGGACUGAUUGGCUUGGUGUCGCCGUGUGACAUUUGGUCAAACGCUGUGCCUGAGCUGUGUCCUCCUUUACUACAGAGCAAACCAUGUUCCAGCUUGAUUUCACUCAUUCGCUGGUUGGUCAAAGCUUCUGCUGGCGUCUUUGCCUUAUUUAGUUCUUGACAACCUUCCCUACAUCAUGUUUUUUGUUAUUUGUUUUUUUUUCACUUUUUUGACCUUUUUAUAGUUCUGUUUGCCAUAAAAAAAAAACCCAGUUCCUCAACAACCCACAGGUCAGCAUGUGUAAAGUAUUAUUCUAGCUCAUAUGAUUAACCUAUUUUUUUUUUUUUUGUAUUACUGAGAAUUUGCAUCUCAUUGAAACAGUUGCACUUCCUUUAUUGUGGAACCCUUGGCGCUACAGUAAAUUAAUACAUCAAGAGAAAACAAAAUAGUGCCGGUCUGUUUUACUUACAGCAGUUAGCGAGCUCUCUAAAGACAAAGUCUAGCAAAAGUGUGGGAUUUUCCAUCUUAUAAUUGAAACAUUCCUGUGUUAGCCAUGAUACCUCUCCAGCGUAUGAGUUUCAACAUCCUAGGUUGCUACACAGAGAAUUUAUCUGAGUAAUUUCUACUUAUGCUGAAGAGACUGUUACUCCUCUCUAAAGUGUAAAGAAUUACUCUUUUGAUAAAAAUUAUUAUUAUUUAAAUUAAAAUCACAUAAUUUAGCAUCUUCAAGAUUCCGGCUCUUACAAAACCUCAGCAUAACUAACCAGAAAAUUCUAAUAUGGUGCAUAAAUCAGAACUUAAAAUAAAUCUUGAUCCAGAGUCUUGGAGGCCUGAAUCCCUGAGCUUUACCGGUGUGAGCCACCGCUCAGAGAUUAUGUGGCUGCUAAGACCUGCUACAUUCAUCAAUAAACAUCUGAAACAAACACUCUGGAUAAAUAAAAUGUUUUUGAUUUAUAUAAAAUAAGAUAAACUUAAUUAUUUUAGAAUAGAAAAGAGACACACUCAUUUAUGUCCAAAUUUGAAGCAUUUUCUAUUUUCCUUUUUUUUUGUGUAGAUCAUGUGACAGAAUGAAACAAAACUAAUAUCAAAUCAUACUAGAACUGAUAACUGAUAAUGCACAGAUGUUUUCAUCCAAAUGUAAUAAAUUUCCACUUUUUUUUACAAGGAGAACCAUGAUUGGAUUUUAUUUUUGAUAAGAAUCUCAUUCAAUAUGUUGUUAGCAGAGAGCGGCUGCCCAGGGUAGAGCCGUUUGUCACUUCCUUGGCUAAACUAAUAGGAAAAACCGGAUGCAGUGGCCCCAUUUUUAACCUGAGGAGGUCAUCAAACCACCGACUUUAAACACAAGAACAGCAUUUCAACAAAUGUGUGGUGAAUUGUUAAAAUUAUGCCUGGGACAUGUAGACAUCACUAAUUUAUAUAGUUUGUAAUAUUAAAAAAAAUGUAUUUAGUCCUUUAAGUUUUUCUCAACUUCCACCCUAUACUGUAUACUGAUUGCUCUAAAAAGUUUCUCUCAGUCUUAUCAAAAGAAAGUAACUCUUCAACUCACAGUUAAGAAAAAACAGCUGUUAAAAAUACUUUGAACUAUUUUAACUGUGGAAUAAUAACCCGCCAUUUUUCCUGUGGAGUAGGCAAAAAAAUCUCAGUGACGUAUUAUGAUCCCGUUGCCGAUCUACACUGGACCGAACAGCUGGCAAUAAAAUCCUGAGAAAAAGAAAAAAUGUUUUGUGCAUGGUGAGAAAUGCUUUAUUCCCAUGAUAUAGAGUGAAAAUCUGUUUAAAAUAAUUUACUUUUAGGGCAUGCAUUGAUGCAGUGGGGCUCCUCAAACAUCUGCUUAUAUUUGCCUAAUAUAUAAUAGUAGUCUUUGAGUCUCAUUAAAGGCCAUCUAUAUUGUAAAUGCAAAGUGACCUGGGGUGCUUUAAUUAUUUUUGAAUUCCUAUAGAAAUUCCAAUAUUCCUAAUUAAAACAUAAUCAGAUGAUUAUGCGCCUCUUUAUUUUCUAGAAAAUUAGGAAUUAAAGGAAGGAAACCAGGAUCGGAGCGGAGAGGAGGAUGCCAUCUUUGUCUCUUCUCCACAGGACUCAUGUUGCAUCGUGCACGGGUCCAUUAUAGAACCACUUAAAACAAAGGGCUAACAAAACCUGCUGCUGACUCAGGCAGACAGUUCUUAGCUAGUGGCUGGAUGAAAGCAUCGAUUUCCCCCUGCCCUGAGACCACACCAUUAUCUUUGGUUGCUUUCAUAAUACUCCUAUUGUCCACUGUAAAAAGCCAGGGGUGAGAUUUUAAAGAUUAUAUCCUGAAUAAUGUAGACAGAUAUGAGCUGCUUAAAUUAAGAAAUAUUGUUAACAUGUUUAGGAAGGAUUUGCAGAAUCCUCUUUAAAGUUGCUUCGAUUAAACAGUCUGAUCUGAGUGGGUUUGCAGCUGUUAGUGCUCCUUAGUAAAUUUGAUUUCAUUGCGCAUAGUGCAUCAUUCAUCACUCCCAUCCUGCUAUACUCGGACAGGUGGGGUGCAUUAUUUAAACAGGUAGAUGGCACCAUUGCCUCGUUUGCCACAUUUGUAACAAAUUUCCUAAUUAGAGGCAGUGAAGUCCCCCCAGGCUGUUGAUAGGCCUGCUCUGCAUGAGUCUGCAUGUGGAUUUUCAGUGUCUGCGUUUGCUGAUUGCAUCCAGUAAACUGUGUGUGUGUUUGUCAUUUACCAGAGCAGAAAAGGUCAGCGUGCAAACUUGCAUGCAUGCAUGUGUAUGUGCUGUAUUAGUUACAACAUCGGCUCACGGGUGGAGUGCUGGAGCUAGUUUUGGUGGAUUAAUUACCCACAAGGCACCUGUCUACCCUUUACACUACCGCAAACACAGACCAAUGCACACACAUGUACUGAAGGCACUAAAAGCCCUUGGGUUUUUUUGAAAUGUCACAACACCUUCAUUUGCCAAAUGUCUCUAUCAUUUGCUGCUAAAAGCAUCAGAUGGAUUCAGGUCGUUUUGGCAAACAGAAAAACUGUUGUUUGUUGUGGAAUAAUGAUCUAUUAUAUAAUGUUUUUUAAAGAUACACCAUUUUAAGGAUAAUCUCCAGGUAGAUAAAAUUUUGUAAUUUCUUAUUUAAUAAAAAGAACAAAAAAAAAAACAUUUAUUUAGUAAUGAUGAAGCUGGCCAUCCUCUCCUCUCUAUGAAGCUGCAUAGCUUUGUAGGCUUUUGUUAAAUGUGUUCACCCACUGGGGCUCCAUAUCCAAAUUAAUAUACUGUCUUUAUUGCCGUUUCAUUAAAAGAAUGUUGAUCUGUUAAAAA